AUGGCUCACACGUACCCAAUCGAGAACAGGUUGCUUCGUCGUCUCGACGCUAGACUCUCAAAUCCCAUGUACUUCUCCAUGAUGUUUGGAGGCCAGCCGAGAAAGCUGCAAGAUGAGACAUACGAAAGCUCCUGCACGGACGAAACAGGUGUCAUUCUGCAACGUACUGCGGUGUACGACAAUGAGGAUAAACUGAGGCGUCAUGCACAGGAGAGUGAUCGGAGAUUCCUAGUUCCAAUCACGCGACGUACGGGUGUACUUGAAGGCAUUGCUCAAGGUCAUCUCGCAGUGAACCCUCUCUUUUCGAUACUUCUUCGAGUCAAAAUCGCAGAUUUGUCACCGCUGCUCCGUGAAGGUCUCUGGGACGCAUUCGCAAGAUUCCAGCGCCUACAACUUACGCCCUAUCUAUACCUGAAUGGCGACACAAAUCCAGAGGUCAGUUCUAUAGCUGAAAUUCAACUCGAGAACCAUCUUGUGUCUGGCCUGCACCGUCUGACAAAAGAUUUGCGGUUCCCGGCAAACUAUCUCCAUCAAAUGUGCACCAUCGACUGGCUCCAUAUUUCCUCCUCCGCACAUUAUCGAUGCCUUCCUCUCUUUGAGCUGCAGAUGGCAAGAUACGCUGACUGGCUACAGGAAUCAAUGCGCACUUCUAUUUUUGACAUGUUCGCCUUCGGCAUCAUGAUGGCCCAGGCUUUGUUUCAUGGCCAGGCUACUGAGGUUUGGGGCUAUACGAAAUCGUUCCCGAAGAUGUCCCUCAUAGCAGCAACCAGCGACAGCCUCACUGCAAUCGCUAUAAGUACGGGCAUUGCUGAUAACCUGAUGCUCAGUGAGGCUCACUCACUUCGUGCUAGCAUUUCGAUGCUGAAGAUGAGAUUGAAAAAGAUACUGCCUACACUUCCUACCCCGACUCAUGUCGAAGAGUAUUAUCCUUGGCUUUCGAGGGGAUGGUUAUCCAUCUAUUCUCACGUUCGGACCUUGGAGCUUGAUACUCCUUUCAUCUGGAUCGAUCAUCCUCUACUCCACACAAAACAAGCUUUUCAACAUGUUUGUGAUGCGUUUGACGAAGCAAUGCAGGCUCGAGAUGAAACAAUCUUAUUUGAACUUCUGGAAAAGCCGAGAUACACACAGAACAUACAGACAUGCUUGUUGCUGCAUUUAGCUUUGUGCUUCGUGUAUGCUUUAAAAGCCGAGCACAAAGAUUUGAGGACUCAGACUCGGCUGUGUGAGCAAAUGAUUGCCACAAUCAAGACUGAUCCGAACCAUGAUUGUGAAGCUGUGGAGGGUGGUGAAUUAAUGUUGGGCUAUGCUCACCAGGCUGUUGAACUAGCACAAUCGUUCGAGAUUGUGUGUGAGUCAAACUCAGAUGAGAAUUAUGCCACGUUCGAAGCUCUACACUAA